AUGGCUAUGGUUUCUGUGGUUGCUGCGGCUGCUGCUGCAGUUGAUCAGUUGGUUGUUGGUUAUAGAAGAUCUAAAAGGCAUCUCAGAGAAGAUCUUGAGGAUGAGAGACCAAGGUCUCUUCAUUGGUUUCCUCAUUGGGUGGACAAGGUUGGAAUGCAAAAUCCAACAAGGUGGAGAGAGUUCUUCAGAGUUUUUGAGGAGCAGUUCAUGACAAUCUGCAAACUUGUUGCUCCGUCAAUGCAGAAAAACAUUCCAUCUAGAUAUGUUCCUGUUGGUAAGCAAGUUGUCAUUGCUUUAUGGAGAUUAGCUUCAGGUGAUUCUUUUGCUAGUUUGGCAGAGCAUUUUGGUGUUUCUAAAACAACUGUCUGGAAGUAUUGUCAGAAGUUCUCCAACACAACAUUCCAGCAUCUAGGACAAUUUCUUGCGUGGCCAGCAAAUUUGUCAGCAGUAAAAACAGGUUUCAAGAGUCUUUGUGGCUUCCCAAAUUGCUGUGGUGCAAUUGACUGCACGCAUUUCGAAGUUGAGCUUCCUGGAAAUGCUUUUGCAAGUGAUUAUUACAACAAGGACAAGGAUUACUCAAUUGUCAUGCAAGCAAUCGUGGAUAGUGAAGCAAGACCAGUAGUCUCAAGAGGCCAAUACCAGUUUCGGGAGUACAUCAUCGGAGACUAUGAGCUUCCGUGGAAGCUGGUUGAAGUUGAGACCAUCACUCAGCUAACAGUUGCCAUAAAAACAGCUUGCAUUCUGCAUAACUUCAUUAUUGGUACAGGUGACAUAGGGGAAAUAGACAUUGAGCCUGAGCCAGGUUUUGACUGCGACACCCACAUUUCCAGCCUGUGCAGCUUCAUGCCGCUCGAGGCACUGCAUGACGAGCUGCGCAGUCACCUUGCAACACUCAAGAACGAGCUCAUCGAGCUCAUCAACAAGGAUUACAAAGAUUUCAUGAGCCUCAGCACGCAGCUUGUGGAUGUGGAUGGUGCCGUGCUCUGGAUGUGCACGCCAUUGCAAGAGCUGCGAGGUAAGCUUGUCACCAUGCGCAAUGGUGUCGAUGGAGUGCUGCUCGUGCUCCAGGACGCACUCAAGCAGAGAUCCAAGGCCUUUGCAUCGCAGGAGAUUCUCAAGUUGCUGCUCGACACCUCUCAUGUGGUUUCCAAGAUCGAGAAGCUCUUGCUGGAGCUCAAGGAAAAUAGAAUUUCCAAUGGAAAUCUAGUGAGUGGCAGUGAAGGAUCUCUGGAUCUGGUUCUCUACCAUUGUCUACGUGCUUAUGUGGCUAUUGACAACACUGCUGGAGCUGAAGAGGCUUUUCAUAUCAUAAUUGUGGCACCUUUUGUCUCCAGGCUUUUUCCUGGGAAUUCUUCCAAAGACUUGGUGGGUGGAGGAGCCGCGGACAAGCUGGAGGAAGAAUAUAAACAGGUCGAGGUGCAUAUUACUCAAGAUUGUAAGUUCAUGCUGGAUAUCGUAGCUUCUGAAAACUCUGGACUUGAUGUGUUUGAUGUUCUUGGAAACUCCAUUCUUAAAGAAGUGCACUCAGCAAUAGUGGCAGGCAAGCCUGGCGCACUUUCACCUGGGAAACCAGCAGAGUUUUUGGCAAAUUACAAGUCAAGCCUGAAGUUUCUAUCGGUAGUAGAAGGAUACUGUCAGUCACAAUCGGCGGUUCUUGCUCUUUGUCUCAAGCAAGUGAUGCUGAAUUCGUGA